GGCGGCGGAGGCUGCGGCAGCCCGGGGUUGCCAUGGAGCGGGAGCGCCGGCUCCGCGCUCCCUGCGCCGGGAAGGCUCUGCGCAAGAAACGCCGCUCGUCCCCUCUACCGGAGGCGGCCGCUCUCCCGGGCAGCCGGGCCGGCGGCUCUCAGAUGUGCCGGCGGCGCCUGUUCGGGAGCGCGGGGCCUCGCGGGCCCGAGCCCGCCUGUAAGCGCCUGUCCCGGGCGGCGGCGGAGCUUGGGGUGCAGGAGGCGGGGCCCGCACCGGCGGGAAAAGGUCUGAAGAAAAAGUCCAGUGGGAAAAAAUUACCAAAGAUUAAAGAAAAUGUUGAAUAUACUGAAGAGAGCUCUUCAUGCAACCAAAGCAAUCAAGUGACUGGCAGGAAAACAACAGACUUUAAGAGGAAAGAAGAGGUGCCAGAAGAAAGCAAUGUACCACUGAAGGAUUCCAAAAUAAUCAACUUUGGAUAUAAAGGAAGUUUGAAAAAUGCUGAAGUGACCUCAAGUACAGAAAUUACUCUUCCCACAGGUGUUUCCACCUUCCUCAUAGAGUGUUUAGAUGAAGAUUCAGCUGCAGAUUAUAGCUCUGCUAGCAACAGCCUGCAAACGUACUCAUCCCCUGAAACAUUCAGAGAUGAUGAUUUGGAAAGAUGCAAUUUUUACUCUAUGGACCUUGGCAAGUACAAGAACUCUACUCUCCUGGACUCCAGCAAAGCAAUGACCAUUGAUAAGAUACCACAGAUGUCAAAUCUUUCAGCAAUAUUAGAACCUGUACCAGAGGAUUUUCCAAACCAACGCACAAAAAGAAAGAGACCAUCAAGUUGCUAUAAUAGUUCUUCAGCAUUAAGCGUUUCAGCUACACUGGCAGGAAAAAAACUCUGUAAAAUAACAGCUGCAAGAGAGAGAACUCCAGAUCUAAAAAGUGGUAUGCGCUGUUCUUCACCAUUAGGACCGGAAAGCAAGUAUGGUACUCGAACAGCUAAAGCCAAAAGACUGAAGAAAAAAGAAAGCAGUUUUAAUCCCUUUGUAGAAGGUUCAUCAUCAUUUAGGCAGCUUGAUGCCCCAGAAAACACGUCAGCCCGAUCAGAGGGGCUGACAGCAGAAGUUCUGCCAAGCAAACCCACAGAUGCUGUGGUGCAAAUGACUUCCACCAUGCUAAUCAUGGAGGAAAAUAAAGUCCUAAAAAAUCCUGGUAAUGCUCAGCCUCUCGAGCUAGAUCUUAGCCUGUCGCCGGUGUGUAAAGCCUCACCUGGGGAAGACCUGUUCCUGAAUACCACGGGUCUUUUUGUUAACUCAGAAGAAAUUGUUCCUGCAUCUCUGAGCUCAGAAAAAGAAAUGACUCCUCAAAGUCCAGAAGAAAAGAAUAUUUUAAAGCCUCAGCGUGACAGACGGGAGAUGGAGAUCUGCUCCAUUGUGAGAAUGUCACCAGAGCCGAGGCCUUCCCGGCUGCACCAAGUCCCAGUUAACUCCAAAAAGUGCUACCUUCCCAAAGGACUGCCUGAAGAUUCUAUAACGAGUACCAAGAAUUGGAUCUGCUAUAAACGGAGAUGAGAUUUUUGGCUCUCAACAGGAGUUAACAGAAGAAAUUACUGUCUUGCUGCUGUGACAGGGUGGUAAAACAGAACUCCUAACUAGCAAAUAAUGGUUGUAUGUUGUUUGACAUUGUAUUGUAUUUUGUACAACAUUGUAUGUUGUUUGACAUUUAGUAUUACGUGUUUCAGUAAGCUGGUAAAUACUCAGAUACUUUAUAUUAAAUGAUUUUGUACAGCAGCUAGAUCUUGUUCUGGGCAUUAUUCUGUAAGGAUUCCAUAAAGAUGAUUCUUCAGUUUGUUUAGAUUUUUAAAAAGUUUGACUGAAGAACAGCAGACCAAAUGCCUUUAAUAGAAUUACUUUUGGCUCUCUCUCUGCUAAGAUUUCUAGUUUUCUCUAGCAGCAUUAGUAUCUAAAGAUGGGACCUCUGUUUAAGUGUUAACAUUGACUGUGAAGGUAACUGCAUGUCCUGGGAGUGGCCAUGAGAGCAUUCAUGUACUCUUGGAGACCCAGAAGUCAAUAGUAUGCCACCUUUAAACUCCUUCAAUGCUUAGGUCUGCAGAACUUUGGAUGACUGUGAGUUCUGCUGUAAUUUGAUUCCUGAACAUGACUACAGGUCAUCUUCACCCCAUCAUCUCUGAGAAUUGGCUCCUAAUGAUCAGCACUGACACCAUUCUGGACAUAUCCACUGCCCAGCCACUGCCAUCUCAGAGUUCUUCCUGCUUCAUCUCAGGUGUUUUGUAAUAUCACAUCUCUCAGUCAUUUUUCCUUCUAGUGGCUUCAGACUUCAAGUAAAUGCCUUAUGUGAACACAAUGGUGGGAAAAACCCUUUUGCAGCUGAACUGUUUGAAGAGAUGGAUAUUGAUGUUCUGGAUUUUCAGGUUACUGCUCACACUAUGUCCACAUAAUUCAAAUUCCCAGUGCUUCCAGUUCAGGUUGGGAUUGUUAAUUCAUAAAUGUUGUUCUUAAUGUGCUGAAUGUCUCAGAAAACACUGUCAAGAACAAUUUUUUUCUGCUUGACUUCAUUGCACAUUUAAGUAAUUUGGAGCCCUACAGUGUUCUCAUUACAAUAUCCUUUACUCAGACUUUCUCUGGACAAAAAGGAAGUUUUUCAAUGUUACAAAAUGCUAGUAUGGCUUUCAAAAGUCUAAGUUUGUUUCUCAGUGUUAUCACCCUGGAAAAUAGUUCUGUAUUUCCUAAAAGAGCAUUAAAAGAAGACAUACAAAAUCCACAACUGUAGUUUGACUGCAUUUGAAAAUACCUGUAAAAGUUCAAACCCUGAUCUUUUCCCCAUUGCUCUGGGGUAGAAGGAAGUGCAAAUAAUUGCUGCUGGAUUAGUCUGUGAACAAGUAUUAUAUAAACAUUCUGAAUGGCUCAAGGUUAAAAAUUAUGCCAUUAAGCUAUUUUUCUUUUAAGCAUUAAUAGAACGAGUUCUGCCAAUAACUCCUUGGAGUCCUGUUGGGUAUGCUUUUAAUUAUCAAUAUCCUUGUUCUUGCAAAUACUAAAUCACUAGUAAUUAUGCAGGAAUCUAGAGCCCCUAGGAGACAGAGGUGAGCUCCUUGAUGUAGCUUUAAGCAAAAAUGAAAGUUACAUAUUUAGUAAGUUUACUUGAAUAAUCAUCAUAAUGCUUAUGAUGAUUAUUCAAGUAAAGGAUGGUCCACAAUAAAGAUGUUUAUUGUAAGGAUGUUCUGGAAGUCUUAGGAAAAAGCACUUAUUUUGCCCCAGGCCAUUUGGUAGUGUUACACAAAGAGACUUAAACUGACAAACUAAUUGGAAAGUACAAGAGAGGAAAACAUGGUCUGUAACUGUGGAAUUGGCUGUAGCAGCCUGAAUAUUGCUGGGGUUUGUCUUUGUUUUUCUUGAUGUGAUGAGGCUGUAUAGGAGGACAGAAAUAUCAUGAACCACAAUCUCUUGUCUUUCCCUUCAGUUAUGAAAGCACUGCUUCUUAUCAUCUUUUGUCUGACUCUUAGAGAAAGUGUAAUUAAUUACCAGGCUAGCUCUUUGCCCCAGGGAAGGAAAUUCAUUUUGAGGCUGCGACAAUCCCUACUCUUGUUCUGCUGUUCUCAAAGGAAAGGCAUUUUCCCAUAGUUUGGUUUUCAGCUGAAAAAUUACUACAUAAAAUUUCAUUCAGAGUGGAAACUGGCUCUUCCAUAUUGGUAGAUAAAGGUUAUGGGUCAUGGCCAGUUAAUGGGUAGGACUGAGGAGGUUAUUUGUGCAGUGAUUCAGGAGAAGAAUCUGUUCAGUGUCACCAGGGCUGCUCUGUCACAUCCUAGACAUGAUGAAGUCUUAAUGGCUUGAAUGGAAUUGCUUCCAGCGAGUCAGUCCAUGCAAGAACUCUGAUAAUCCUUUAUCAGCAGGAAUUGUGCAUGGCAGAUGCAUGUUGAGUAAAUGUAUUGUACAUAAAUCUGUAAGAGGUUUUUCAUUAACACUGUUCAGUUAUUCUUGUUAUCUGACGUGCACUUUUAGGAGACUUUGACUCCAAGUACUCAGAGAUGGUGGGAGAUGUCUUGUACAGGAGCACUACAAGGGUACAUGUGCAGGCCAGUGGAGGGCAAAGCCCUACAUGAAAAUGGUUCUGGUUUGGUUCAUAAUCUUCAGACACAGAAGAGAUGUCUGGGGCCCAGAUCAAAAUAUGCUGAAUGUCUGCAUGAGUUCACUUAUAUUUAAAGGGACUCCAUCAGCUUGAAUUGCAAUGCAUUUGAACAUAGCUAAUUCUUCAUUGCUCUAAGUUGUGAAACUACUGAAAGCUGAGUUAGGUACCCUGGCCAAAAUUCUGUCAUUUUGUUUUGUUCCCUGAGGAUGUUUUAUCUUUGCGACUGUACUUACGUGCUCCUCUUGAAGCCAGGAGGCUUUCACAUGGUGAAAGGAUGUAAAGAUUGGUCAUGUGUAAAUGUGUGGCAGCCACGUGUGCCUCCCAUACAGAACAAGGGGGAAAAGAUGCACCUAAACAUUAAUUCCUGUUUUGUGUUAGAAUUGUCUACAACUUCUGAUAGAUGGAAAACUAAGUUCCUACAGGUGGAUGAUUGUGAAGAAUCAUUCUGCAGAUACGUUACACAUGUGCUAAAUUAUGCCUUAAAAAUAAUAAUGCUUAAUUUAAUCUUACAUCAUACAUUGUUUUAGUUUAAUUUAGUUUAAUUCCAUUUUCCAGGGAAAGCAGAUGAGUCAGUCAGUUUUGUCAAUCCUUAAUUAAACUUCCUAGCAGGAUUGUAUCUGAAGAGUGAGACAUUGAAGGAGACUGUUUGCUGUUACUAGUGUUUCUAUUUCACUUAAGUAUUACAAAUAAAGAGUUUUGUAAAAAGG